AUGAGCAAGAUAUUCACUGUAUUUGGAGCCACCGGCCAGCAGGGCGGCGCUUUGAUCAAUUUCAUUCUUCAACAUGAGACCUUCUCAAAGGAAUUCCGUCUACGAGGAGUAACCCGAGACGCUUCAAAGGCCGAAGCAGUGAAGCUCAAGGAGCGUGGGGUCCAGUUAAUAGAAGCCGAUAUGAAUGAUCCUCCAUCACUAAGGCCAGCUGUCGAUGGAGCUUAUGCUGUAUUUGCUAUGACGAACUAUUGGGACAAAGCAAGUGCUGAAGCCGAGAUCACUCAAGGCAAAGCUAUUGCAGAUGCAUCACGAGCGGCUGGCGUCUCACUGAUUAUAUGGUCUUCUCUGCCGAAUGUCACGCAGAUGUCGAAUGGUGAACUCACCACAGUCCACCAUUUCGAUAGCAAGGCCGAGGUAGAAGAUUACAUUCGAAGCCUCAAUUUUCCCAGCAGCGUGUUCUACCUGCCGGGCUGGUUUAUGCAGAACGUGUGGCACGGGUUUGUUCCCAAGCCGAAGAUGAUCUCUGUGGACACAGUGUUGUUUCCAUUUGCCUGGCCACCGGACCUGCGACUACCUUUGAUCGACGUCAGCGAUACGGGGAAGUAUCUCGCACCUGCCCUGCGAGACCCUGCAAAAUACGAUGGUGCCAGGCUCGUCUCAGCGACUGCCCAUUACUCUGCCCAGGAGAUCGUGGAUACCUGGUCCAGAGCGAGCGGCAAGAACAUGCGACUGGCCACCGGCAAUGAAGCCGAACAGUUCAUUACUCACCCUAUGCAACGGGAGGUAUUACGCCCUGGUCCUCUGUUCGUCAAGUACGGGUAUUUUGGCCCCAGUGGCCCCCAAGACCUGGAUUGGACCAUCUCACAGCUGGAGCCGGCGGAUACAUUGACAACAUGGGAGGAUUUUCUUGUUCAAAAUGGACCAUGGGAUUUUGAGUGA